CAGACAAUUUCGCGGUUGAAGCUUCGCCAUUGGCGUUAGCAAUCUCCCCUAUAAUCUCUGCUAAUAGAGCUCUGUCAGUCUGUGAAUAUUACCGAGUAGAUUUCUUGCGCAUAAAACAGAGAAAAAGACCAUUAAUUUCUAUACAACUGCAUAUCCUACUACCACUACGGCGACAUUGAGGCAGUAUUCUAAAACAAGUAGUACCUCCGCUUAGUUGCACGAGUACAUCAGUACGCAUGCGCGUUACCAAGAGCGGGGAGGGGAUAAUGUGGAUGGUAAAUGACGCUAGAAAAAUGACCGACACCAUAUUCGUUUAAUCUACAUAGGUUGUUUAUGAAAAGUACGCGAGUGACCAAACCCUUUAUUUUCUCACUCGGAAAAAAUGCGAUGCGUUUACUGCGGAAAAGCGAAGGAGAAAAAUAAGGAGAUAUCUUUUCAUCGAUUUCCCAAGGAUGAGAAAUUGGUGAAAACCUGGGUGAUGAAUAUGGGAAGACUCGAUUUGGUGCCUAAACAGUGGCAUAUGCUUUGCGCAGAACAUUUUUCCAAAACUUGUAUAGAUUUCCGGGACUUGAGAGCAAGGUUGCGGAAGGGUUCCGUCCCAACGAUUUUCAAGCAUAAUAAGGAGAACUUUUCCUUACCAUCCGCUACAGAACUUAUCGUACACGUCAGCAAACAACAGAAACUUGAUGGAAGUUCAGGUGGACAAGAAAUACCCGAAAAGGACUUACAUAUCACGUCGCCAAUGAAAAUACAAGGCCAACGUCAGGAAAUAUGUGUAAUACAGACUGAAGUGAUUUCUCACGACCAUACAUAUGUGGAGUCCGGCGAAGUCACCCAACGUAAGUUAGAAAUUACGCGAGCCAGAGUCAAAAAACUGAUGAAUGAAAAAAAGAUGCUUCAACAAAAGAUAUACCGAUAUCAGAAGAGAAUUAGAAAAUUCAACGAGAACGUCACCAUAAUGUGUUAAACCAAGAAUUCUGCCAUUAGGAAUAUUGCUGAAGAGUAUAUAUAUAUACUCUUCAUUUUUGUCCACCUGAGGCUGAUAAUUAUGUUAGGAAUAUCUUGGAAGCAGCAAACCCUCAUCUAUGUGUUUUACAUUCUUGCUCUAUAGUACUAUACAAUCCGAACCUGAGUUUUCAGGGAAGUGUUUCAAUUAAGUUAUAGUUGUUUACGGUGGGUAAUAAAAUAAGUUUUUGGAAGGAAGAAA